AUGGCAAAGAAUAGGGGCAAAAACAAGUUACCGAAAUCUUCGAGGGGUCGACCUUCGGAGAGGCCGUUGGAGAAGAGUUCGAUUGGUUGGGAUGCUUCCGAAGAUGAACGUGCAACCUCUGGUGAGAGAGCUGGCUUUUCGGGUGUUCGUCGUCGUUACUCCGAGUUUCCAGUUCAUUGGUCGGAAGCUGAUCCGAAGGGCAAGUAUGCCUCAAUUUUGCAUGAGACCACGCAGAUCGACGGUCCGUUGGAGAAAUCGGUCAGCGGUGACUGGUUGGUGGAAGCGAAGUUAGGGAAUUAUCAUCGGAAGGCCGAGGAGCUAUACGGAAUUCAGCAUGCCUUGGGGUACUGGUGCGAGCUUCCUGAACAAGAGCGUCCUCGGGUGACUCAUCCACCGAGGGGGUUCAUUUCCGUGUAUACUCACCAUUUGGAGAAUGGUCUCCGCUUUCCUUUGGAUCCGUUCGUAUCCGAGGUUUUGGUGUCGUACAACAUUAGUUUGGCCCAGCUCACACCCAAAUCUAUGAGGCACAUAAUCGGAUUUAGAUGGGUGUGUGACUUCGUCAAUUUCCCUUGCUCUGUCGCUAUUUUUCGGGAUCUUCACGAUCUGGUUCUCAACCAUGCUUCCAAGGGUGAUGGGUAUGGUUGGUGGACCAUUGUCAACAAGAAGUCCCGAAAGAGGGGGGAUCCGAACUACAUCACGGCGUACCCCUACCUUAGCUCUGACCACAAUUGGAAGACGGAGUGGUUGCUCGUCCGUGUGCCGACGGAUCCGAAGCAUCCCAACUUUUAUCGUCCUCCGAAGUGGUUCGUGGCUCCUGAUCCUGAUAUGAGGGGUGUGGCGGCUCCAGAUCGGAACCAUCGCCACUAUGUGGACCUCCUCCAGUGGUUCUUGGCUCAAGAGGAUAACCACCGACUGCCGUCUAGCUGGCUCCCGAAUCUCAAUUACAUUCUGAGGGAGGACAUUCUUGCUGUUGCCGGUCUCAGCAGGAUUUUUGACAGGGAGUACGGCUUUAGCUGCAUUGAUCCUAAGAAGUUGGGCAUUUCUUUGGAUUUGAAGACUAUUCACGACCCGGCUCCCGAGUACAAGUUCGGAAAAGAUAACCCUCGUAAUCCUCGUCUGAAGGAUUACGUGUUGUCUCCUUUGGGGGUUGCUCGGAUAUCCGAAGUUCGAGCUGAUCCGUGGGAUUCCGCCUCUUCUGUUGAAGCUGUUCCUGUGAAGGUUGUGCUUCCUGAGUUGAAGACGACUUCGGAUCCGGAUCAACGCAAAAGGAAGGGUAGCACUCUUUUGAGGCCUUCCACGCAUCCGAAGAAAGCGAAGGCUUCUCAGCCCUCGGAGAAGGAAGCAGUUUCGGAAGUCAUGCCUCCUCCUAAGAAUCUUCUUCACUUCAUGCCCUUGCCAGGGCAGAAGUUAAAGAGUGUGGUGGUUGCUGAACCGCCGGCCGUGGAUCAGCCGCUGAUCGAGGAAGAUAUCAUCCCUUCUCCCCUUAAACCAUCUGCUGCUUUGGGGAUCGAAAUCCAGGAUAUCACCGAGGUGAUGGAGGCGAUUGAAGCCGAUUUUGUUCCUGGUUCGGAUGUCCCUGAGGUAGCUGGGGAGAAGAAGGAGUCUGCUGAUCUUCCCUUCGAGAGGGAGAAGAGUCCAGACAAGGAGAUGAUAGAUCUCUCGGGCCCCGAAGCUGCGGUCCCCGAGGUUCAGAAGGAGGUUCCCUCUGCUGGAGAGGAGGAGCAGCCCGAGCAAGGUUUGACGAGGAAGAGGCGCCACUCGACUUUGGGUUCUACUUCUACCUCGGCCCUGGAUAGGCUGAUCCAUGCUGAUCCCUGUUCGGAUGUUCCGCUAAAACGGAUCCCCGAAGAAGUAAGGGAGGCGAUGGCUCGAUAUGCCAGGGCUCCGAUUUUGGGAGAGGACCCUUUGGCUCACGUGGGAUCCUUGGUGGGCCCCGAGGCUGCUCGGGAGAAUCUGCUUCGUGCUAACCCGCAGUGGAGGGUUCCUGGGGCCGAAGAGAGGAAUCCGGCAAUGAUGGCCCAGUACUAUCUGAACGAGGCUGUUUUCUGGUCUUCGUUCGCUUCCGAGUGUAGCUCGGUUGAGGAGAAACAACUGAGGAAAUAUCGUGAGGCUUAUGCUCGUGAUAUUCCCAUUUUGGACCAGAAGGCUGGGCAACUCCUCUCCGAGCUUACGGAACUCAAGCAGCUGUACCUUCACUAUAGUCGCGAGGCUAGAGAGUCUGCUGAGAAGAUCGGGACCGAGGUUGGCCAGCUCAUCUUCCGAGUUGAAGAGGAUGCUGAGAAGAUCGCUUCCUUUGCUGAGGAGAAGAAGGAUAUGGCCGCUAAGUUCGCUAGCGAACUUGAGGAAAAAGAUAGACUCUUCCAGGAGAUGAAGUCUAAAUUUGAAGCGGCCGACAAGGAGCGUACAGAGGCGGAGUUAAGGCUCCACCAUUUUGUCCAGCAUCGGGAGCUGAUCCAGCAGCAAGCUGAUAAGGUGCCUGUCCUUCGGCUGAAGCUUCGGGAAAAAGAUGACUAUAUUCGGAAGCUGGAGCAGGAGCGAGUCAACCUCUACACUGCUGAUCAGUGUAGAGAGCAGUACUGGAACGGCAUCCUGGGUGCUCGGCGCAUGUUUGCGAAGCACAUGCCUCACUUCCCUUGGAACGAGAAAGUUCCUCUAUGGAUGCAGGCCGAGGACCACUUGGUGGAAUGCCAAGCUGAUCGAGAUGAAGCUGAAGCUGAACGCCAAGCUGCUCUUGCAGAGGCUCGGGCCCAGAAGGCAACUUCCGAAGGUGAUACCACUGCUGGGGGUUCUUCGAAGGAUGCUCCCCUAGGGGCCGCUUCUGAGACUCCCAAGAGUUAGGGAUUCGGGCAGUCGUCUUCUUCAGAGUCGGUCGGUUCCAGUUGAGGACUUCCGAAUAUGUGCUUGCUUUUCCCCCUUUUGCCUCGGCGCUGCGUUGUACUCAUUUCUUUUUGCUUUCUUUAGUACUUCGGUAGGCCGGUAUUGUCUGUUGAUGGCUGCCGAUUUUAACUUGUUUCAUUUUGUUUUCAAUUUUUGAGGUUUUCGAUGUGUUUGUACU